AUGCUAGCAGUCUUUGACGUUGUCAGCAGUUCAUGCAGGAAGUCGGACUGGCUUUUAAGUUUCGAUAAGACGGGUCUGUCAAGCAGUGACAGUGAUGGUGAUUACAUCAAAGGCUUCUUUAGAAAUCACUUAAGACAAGGCGGGCAUGACAGUCUCUCCCUGCUUGAGGCGGCUGAAUGUUGUAGUAAAACAGCGCCAUGGAAAACUUCUAAAUCCCUAACCUUCUAUGCCGACUGGUGGACAAUUUUAGAUAGUAUAAACUCUUGGGGGCUCUGCCCGGCAGGGUAUUUCCUUCAAGGACUUUACAGGAAUGAAGACAACCGCGGGUGGCUCCACAAUUUAGAAGAAGGCAGGUGUUCGAAGCCUGCUGAGCAUCCCAGCACCUAUGGUGAGUGUUACAAUGAGGAUAUAGGAGUCUGUUUCGACAAUAUAGUACUUUGCAAAUGCAGAGAUGGUUAUUUUGUGACUGGCCUGUAUCGUGGAGGCUGUGACGAACUCUUUUGCCUGGAAAUGCUACGUUGUUGCAAGAUGGCAUCAGCACCGGAACAGCUAGACGAGGCGUACAAGGUUAAGACCCCGAAUUAUGGAUACGACACUGGUGGACAUCGCUAAGUUAGCACGUUACCUCGGUUACGCUUGGUGCAACGGAUGCCGGGCGAAGUAUGUAGGCGAGGAUUUCAGGCGUAAUGGAGAUACGUGGGCAGCUGACAAAAGUGGGCGAUGCACAGGGAAGAAAAGCGACCAGCGCCUCGGGAUUGGUUACGGUCAUUGGAGUUUUGUGGUUCACGGCAUUGUUUACGGUCAGCCGGUUACCGAUGAAUUACUGCCAGAGACGAUCGACCACGGCAUUUUGUACAACCACGGCAACACCGUCUCCAGUAAAACGGUAACUUUAAACAAGUCGGUCGUCAGAAGCAUCACACACACCGCAACUAUUUUGGAAGAAUCCAGAAGAACUUGGACUGAUCAUUCGCUUUCAACCACCGUAUUACUCUCCCGGUGCACCUUAUCAAUUUGAAUUUGCGAACACCACAAAAGUACUUGACGUGACCGACAAAGAGCAAACAAAAGCUUUCACACUAACGAACAGUAACAACGUGUAUCCCCAUUCGGCCGCGAGUUGGAGGCUCAAGAUAUUUAAAACACGGACGACAGUCGCUUACGUGGCCACCGUUGCUGCAAAGUUUUCAACAGAGUUGCAAGGAUUCUUGAGAACGCCAACCGACUCGAAAGGGAAUUUUCACCACCUUUUUCUACGGGAGCAGCUCAGAACCAACGUUCAACUACCGGUUUGGUGACCAGAGUACCCCGUUUUACACUGACCUCAAGCGGAAGAGCGGAAGUAAUUCCCACCCUUGGCAUUGGCACGCCAUGAAGAGUGCGUACCCCGAGGCGUAUGGCCUAAUUGAUGACGUGACCAACGAGGGGAGGUACAGGUUUACCGUCACGGGGCUGUUUGAAGACGUGGUGGGCACCAGGACUGAGCUCACGUGGGAAAAGGUCAACAUGUCGAGGUCCGAC